AUGUUCCCUAGAACUUUAAACCAGAGCCAACAAUCAUUCAGCAUAUCUAUACAAUACUUGUUCAACGAUACGAUGAUGAUGAUGAUGAUGAUGAUGAUGAUGAUGAUGAUGAUGAUGAUGAUGAUGAUGAUGAUGAUGAUGAUGAUGAUGAUGAUGAUGAUGAUGAUGAUGAUGAUGAUGAUGAUUAGAUCUAUGGUGAAAUAUUGUUCUAAGUUAAACUGGUAG